GCAUACGUAGAUUUGGAAUCCACACGACGAGGAGAACUUAAAGUUUUCGCAUGCGCAGAUGACUUUUAGUGACGUCAUUACGUUCUACGUCCUACCGUCGUUGUGCAAUCGAAAGCUACCUAUUGUUUCAGUUCCCGCCAAUCUGUCACUGCACUUGGAGCUACUGAGUGCUGAACUUUGUAUUUCGAGUUAUUAUAGUAAUAAGUUCGAUUUCGAGCACUGAUCGCACAGAAUCGAACUUGGAACUCAUUGCUUCGAGAAACGAAUACGAAGUAGGUAAUAUGUCAUCCAACCUUCAUUCAUAAAAAAUAUCUAUCCAAGUGAAUUGUACUUAUUCAAAUAACUUUUGAUUGACCUCUCGAAUAGUAGCUCCAAUUAGCCAAUUAGAUUAAAUCAUUGAUGAUAAUUACACAGUUCGUCUCGGACAUUGUAUCCGUUUAGUUCCCGAAAUCACUCUACUGGAUUCCAACCGCCUUUGUGUUAUCAUGUCCCAGUAUCUCCGACAAAGGUGAUUGUAUUUACCAAGCGGCGAAGUUCAAACGGUGUACUUUGUGUUGACCAUUGCUUGUUGACAAAUAAUAGCUGUGGUGUACGCAUACAGUUCGGUGAACGAUCGUCUGCUGGAUUAAAACGUCAAACUCGGCUUCCUAUUGCUCUACGUCUGCGCCAUCAUAACUUACAAAUUUACGCCGAAAGGGAGAGCAACGCAAACAAGCGGUCGCUAGGCGCGAGGAGUUUUCCCAAACAAUAAAUUUGAGUGUUUGGUAUUUCAUCUCAAUCUAGUAUUCUCUUAAAAACAUUGUUGAUAUUUCUAGACUCGUUGGUCUAGUAGUGGAAAAGAUCAGGCGCGUUAACCGGUUUUGUUUCUUAGUUUACUUAGACUAAAAAGCAAAAUUUAGAAAAUCCAUAAACCUGUUUCGGUAAAGUUCGUUGUCGGUGAGUUUCUUCAGCAUGUGGUUUGAGUUUGUUUACUUUCGCUCUCUACGAUGAGACUAAUUAGUUGAUGAUAGUGUGCUUUAGUAGUUCAAUCGGCGGCGCGUUUCAUCUUCUACCGUCUUCCAUUGUUAAGCAAAUACUAUAGAUUUGCAUAAUUAUUUAACAGAGGAUAAACCCGUGAACCCGAUAUUCGACGAGAUUUGUUACGAACGCUUACUACAUGUUUUUGACGCAAAGAGAAGUUUCAAAAUAAGCGAGACAGGAGGAGGGAGCGCCCCAAAUAUUUGAGUACUACUUUUACGAUUUUUCAAGCAAACACUUAUGAAUCACUGUGCAGGAACCGACUGACUGAGUUUGUACACAAUUUUCAAUUGCCAAGUGGUCGUUAAAGUCAAUGCUCAAGAAUUAUUACUGCCAUAACUGACACUAUCCCAAUCGCAACUCAAUACAACGCCGAGAAAGUUGCACUCUGACCAUUAUGUUACUGGACUACUACCCUUCUAUUGACGACGAACAACACGGGCACUUCGCCGCCACUGAGGACGACAUGUUUCGCCCGCAGGGAAGUUUCUACUCUACUGGUAACUACGGCAUUGCUCAGCAAGCUCAGUACCCUGGUUCCGAUUUCUCACAUUAUACGACGAACACAGAACCUGGAUCACCUCAACAGCAGCUUAUGUCGACUUGGACCCCGACAUCGGGUUCAUCGUCUGCCAUGUUGGAUUGGCAAGGACAAGUUAGCAUGGGAUCCUACAUGCAAGCAACAAACCAACAAACAAACAGCAUGGCACAGUAUAGUGAAACUGAAGAAUAUUCCGGUCUUUGCAACGUCGUCCAGGCCAUCAAUCGCGUACCAAAUGUGAUGAGUCAUCAGUGGAUGCGCUCUUCAACAUAUAGAUUCAAUCCAUCUACAGGUAAAACGAGAACAAAAGACAAGUACCGCGUCGUGUAUACGGACCACCAACGUUUGGAGCUGGAGAAAGAAUUCCGGUAUAGUCGCUACAUUACAAUCCGUCGUAAAUCUGAAUUAGCUACGUCCCUUGGAUUAUCCGAACGACAGGAAACACUUACUGAGCGCAGAUUAUUGUGGGAUUCAGUAGGAACCUGUCGACAUGAAGCAGAUGAAUGA